AGGAGCACGCCGCUUCUGUCCUUCGGCUCGCAGUGGCUCGAAAGGCUGCCCCCCUUUUGCCAGCCACCCUUUACAGUCACUUCAUGCUAUUCUGCUGAUGGGAGAGCAUCGAGUAGUCUGGCUUCCUCGACUGAUGUUUUCCUUAUUCUGUCUCCUUCUACAUUCCCGUUAAUCGUGCUGCCUCUUUCUGUUACACAGAUUAUACUGAAAUACAGUAGACACGUUCAGUUCCUUCAUUAUUUUGCUGGGUGGGGGGAAACUAAGGCAUUCGCCAUAAGGCUACCCUUAGCCUGCAUUCAGUCAACGACCGUGUACAGAAACCUGCGCGCGUCCGAUCAGCCUCUGAAUGGGAAUUUCCACCGGAUUCGAAGACUGUGAAAAGAAGAAAGGGCAUAAAGCGAUUUCCACGUUUUUUUCCACGCUUGCAAGAAGUUGUGUUUCGCAUUUUCAGACUUUCUUUCGGACGCACUGUGGCAUCGUUGAAGUGGGAAGUGUGCAUUAUGAAAAACCCAGUUUAUUUUUAGCUGUGACUGGGGGAAAAAUAAAUAAGAGGAGGCACUGGUGAAGGUUGAUCGAGAGAACAGGAAGAGGUGAGCAUUAACUUGAAAAGAGUUGGCGACGACACAGUAUCUGUGGACUUACAGGUGUAUUAUCCUAAAGCGCCGCAUGUUCUAAGACGCGUCCAAGGCUGUGACCAUCGGCUGCAUUCGUCAGUAUUUAAAUGUCUAUUGCGACGUGCAAGCAGCUUUUCAUCUGUUAUAUGACAUUCCUUUAUUACCUGGCGGAGAGAUUAGGGAGGCGGCAGUAAACGGAAAAAUAGUUACAAAAGACACCUUUCCAUGUGCGGCCGGGCACGGCUGUAAGACCUAGGCGACGAGGGAUCGAGGUGAUCCGCGGAUGACUGGAAGCCCAAGGGAGUCUACCACUGUCUCACGAAGGGCUGUCACUGCCGCCCGUAAAGACAAUAGCAGGAUUCUCAGGAAAGGAGGUGAUUGAACCCUGUGGCCCCGGAGACUGGACCACAUCUCCUCAGCCAUGCCCCCCCUCUGCUUUCCACACGUCUCUAAAACCCACUUCCUCGUCCUGCUCUUAGGGGUGGUGCAGCUCUGCCACGCAGGGUCCCAUAACCUCACCCCCAAUAAAUCACCUGCAAACUGCUCUGGGAGCGAUGGUUGUGUUGAGGGGGUGGUCCUUCCCGUUUGGAACCCCCAAAACCCCUCGGUGGGGGACAAGGUGGCCCGGGCCAUCGUUUACUUCGUGGCGCUCAUCUAUAUGUUCCUGGGCAUGUCAAUCAUUGCCGACCGCUUCAUGUCUUCCAUCGAGGUCAUCACCUCGCAAGAGAAGGAGAUCACCAUCAAGAAGCCCAACGGUGAGUCUACCACUGCCACUGUGCGCAUCUGGAACGAGACUGUCUCCAACCUGACCCUCAUGGCGCUGGGCUCCUCGGCCCCCGAGAUCCUGCUCUCCGUUAUCGAGGUGUGCGGCCACAAGUUCGACGCCGGCGAGAUGGGCCCCAGCACCAUCGUGGGCAGCGCUGCCUUCAACAUGUUCGUCAUCAUUGCCCUCUGUGUCUACGUGGUACCAGACGGCGAGACCCGCAAGAUCCGGCACCUGCGGGUCUUCUUCGUCACGGCCGCCUGGAGCAUCUUCGCCUACGUCUGGCUGUACCUCAUCCUGUCGGUCUUCUCUCCGGGCGUGGUGGAGGUGUGGGAGGCUGUGCUCACCUUCCUCUUCUUCCCGCUCUGCGUGGUGCAGGCCUGGGUCGCCGACCGCCGUCUGCUCUUCUACAAGUACGUCCAGAAGCGUUACCGUGCCGACAAAAGCCGCGGCAUCAUCAUCGAGACGGAGGGCGAUGGAAUCUUCACCAAGAUGGACAUGGAGAUGGGGACCAAUUCGCACCACAAGGAAGCUCUUGAUGGCAUGUUAGCUGGUAUGGAGGAGAGUGGAUUGGGCGGUGGAGCUGGGGGGCGGGACCAGGAGGAAGAGGCACGACGGGAGAUGGCACGCACCCUCAAGGAACUCAAGCAGAAGCACCCAGAGAAGGACGUGGAGCAGCUGAUCGAGAUGGCCAACUAUCAGGUGCUGGUGCAGCAGCAGAAGAGCCGCGCCUUCUACCGCAUCCAGGCCACGCGCAUGAUGAUUGGCGCCGGCAACAUCCUGAAGAAGCACGCUGCCGACCAGGCGCGCAAGGUGGUGAGCUGCCACGAGGCACGUGCCCAGGAGGACGACCCCCACACCGCGCGGCUGCUCUUCCAGCCCUCGCACUACCAGUGCUUCGAGAACUGCGGCUCGCUCAAGGUGGCCGUGGCCCGGCAGGGGGGCGACGGCAACUGUACCGUCAAGGUGGAUUACCGCACGGAGGACGGUACAGCCAACGCGGGCUCCGAUUAUGAAUUCGCCGAAGGCACGCUGGUCUUCAAGCCCGGUGAGACCAUCAAGGAGCUGACAGUGGGCAUCAUCGAUGACGACAUCUUUGAGGAAGACGAGUACUUCUACGUACACCUCAGCAACCCCUGCGUGGUCCAUCAGGCAGAAAACGCCAUCUUCGAGCCUGGACCCAUCACCCUGGGCAACUGCCCAGCUCCGCCCCUGUCCUUGACCCCGGGAGUGGCAAAGGCAGCUCUGGGCGCCGCCCACACGGCCACGGUGACCAUCUACGACGACGACCACGCAGGCAUCUUCACGUUCGAGGGUGCGUCAACACGCGUCAGCGAGAGCGUGGGCACCAUGCAGGUGAAAGUGCAGCGCACGUCGGGGGCUCGUGGCCUGGUGGCUGUCCCCUUCCGCACCAUGGACGGCACCGCCAAGGGCGGGGAGGACUACGAGGAGGUGUCGGGGAAGCUUGAGUUCCUCAACGACGAGACCAUGAAGGUAAUAGAGGUGAAAAUCAUCGAUGACGAGGAGUAUGAGAAGAACAAGACCUUCACCAUCGAGUUGGGCGAGCCCGUUCUACUGGAGAUUGGACAAAAACAUGGAGACUCCAAUGAGAACAAGCCGGCAGUGGGAGCUGAGGACGAGGAGGUGGCCAAGAUGGGCUGCCCCAGCCUAGGGGAACACACUCGACUGGAGGUUGUGAUUGAGGAGUCGUACGAGUUCAAGAGCACAGUGGACAAGCUGAUCAAGAAGACCAACCUGGCUCUGGUGGUGGGCAGUAGCAGCUGGAGGGAGCAGUUUGUCAGUGCCGUCACGGUCAGCGCAGGUGAUGACGACGAGGAGGAGAGCGGUGAAGAACGCCUUCCCUCCUGCUUCGACUACAUCAUGCACUUCCUGACAGUCUUCUGGAAGGUUCUUUUCGCCUUCGUGCCGCCCACUGAGUACUGGAACGGCUGGGCCUGCUUCAUAGUGUCCAUCUUCCUCAUUGGGGCGUUGACAGCCAUCACCGGAGACCUUGCCUCACAUUUCGGCUGUACCAUUGGCCUCAAGGACUCCGUCACUGCUGUGGUGUUCGUGGCUCUUGGCACCUCUGUUCCAGAUACUUUUGCUAGCAAAGUGGCAGCCAUACAGGACCAAUAUGCUGACGCCUCCAUUGGCAACGUGACGGGCAGCAAUGCUGUCAACGUGUUCCUGGGCAUCGGCGUGGCGUGGACCAUCGCCGCCGUCUAUUGGCGCAGCAAGGGCAAGGAGUUCCGUGUGGAACCCGGCUCGCUGGCCUUCUCCGUCACGCUCUUCACCAUCCUGGCGGUGGUGUGUGUCUUGAUACUGCUGUACCGCCGAAGGCCCUCCGUGGCAGGGGGAGAACUGGGGGGGCCGCGGACGACCAAGUUGCUCACCUCCCUGCUCUUCUUCUCCCUCUGGCUGGUCUACAUCCUGUUGGCUUCACUUGAGGCCUAUUGCCAUAUACCUGGCUUCUAAGGGGACUAAUCUGCAGCAGCUCCCACCCAUACUGUCCUCUCAGUCUGUGAUAUCAGCAAACACCCCCUCCCAUCCCACCCCCGUCCAAAUGCUCACCUACUGACCAAUCAACUCUACUCAGUCUUAUUUAUUUUUGGUGGUACUUCCAUUAAUGGAUUUCGUUGGAUUAACUUCAUGAUUUUCGGCAGUCUUACCAGGAUCAGUGAGAUCCUGCUAGGGACAUAGUUCCAUAGUUCCUGUCGAUUAUUAUUUUAAUAGUUAAAUAUUCCUUCCCUGCUUCAUCCUGGGUUAUGCAUACAAGGAAAUUUGAUCGUCAAUGGGAGAAAAUGAAGUACAAUUCUUCCUGUACCGCUGAGAGAAACGAGUGUUCCGCCUCUUAAAGAACAGCUUCUCCACCCCUGUGUCCUGCUGCUGUGAGGACAUUUGUGAGGAAAGCCGUGGAGAACGACAGAAGUGAGGAUUCCUAGGAAAACAAGUGGGUCACUCGCUCAGAGGUUCACACUCGUCAAGGGCAUGGAUGUGCUACCAGGAUAUCAGAAAACAUGAGAAGACACCUUACCGUGCAGGGAGAGAACUGUAACCUAACAUGACGUUAUUCUGCUCAGGAGGAAAUGCGAUAGAGACAAUAGAAGCAGAAAUGGUUUAGAUUAGAUGUGGACUUUAACUCAGUGACUGAAGAUGAUUUUGAUGUUUUGCUGUAUAUUUUGUGUGUUAAAUGUGCUUGAUUUGUUGACGUUGGUAAGAAACAUGAGUGAGGUCCGCUAUGUUCAACGUGACAAAACCCCGUACGAUGUUAGUAAUACUUAAAUUCGUCAUCGGCUCUGGCGUACAUAAAAUGCAAGGUACGAUUUUAAUGCAUAUCUGCACUCGGAACUCCAUUUUUUAAAAACUGUAUGUUGCCUUCAUGAGCAAAAUUUGAUGUCGGCUGUUCCUGUGGAAGGUCAGAUUGCUGCAUCAGAAAUUUAAAUGUGGGAGCAAUACAAAGCUGAAGAACCAAUCAAGCAGAUAAUGGUCUUCUGCUGUUAGUCCAUCAAAAAGAUAAGACUUUGGUUCCUACAUCCAUACUCUGAACCAGGACUAGCUGUAGUCGUAGUCUAUAGGGGUCACACCAUCCCUGUCACCAGUUCCAAGCUAUAAAUCAUUCUCUCUCAACCCAGCUGCCCUGCCCAGGAUAUAAAAAGAUUAUGGUGAUGUUAUAGUUAAAAACUAAGCAUGAAUGCUGUGCUGUCCUUCUCCAUUGUGGGAGCAAACUCCUUCUGUGGAAGCGGUAUAGGGUUGCAAAGAUCAAGGAGGGCCUGGUUUCUAUUUUAAAAAGCAGUGGUACAUAAUGAAAAGUCAGGACCAACUUGAAACCAACAUGGUUCUUAAGCAGGUUCAGACAGCCAUGCUGAAUCCACAUCCACAGUUUCACCGUCAGUGCUAGGAUGCUGGGUAUGGCUUUCAUAUGACUUAGCAACCAAGUACUGGCACCCAACCCAUGGUGCUGAGUGCUUCUGGGAGUGUAUUUGUACUACAGUAUGAGUAAUGGGUUUCACUGGCCGAGUGGCCGGUCAGGGGAGAAUGACAUCCUUUCUGCUGGAUGGUUGGACAGCUCAUUCUCUAACAGUCUGCAUGUCAGACUGAUGCCAACAACAUUUAUUGACACCAUUCAGAAAAAGCAUGAAAAGUAAAUUUCCUCAAGCUUUCUGGAAUUUUCCAAAUUUUACAGAAGGCCCCUCUGAGACUGAAAGCCCUGUGGUCAACUGACUAGGUGCAAAUAUGUUUUAUAACCGCAAACAGUGUAAAAUAUAAACACAGCAAAACCACAAUGUAGAGCCAUGAAGUGGAUAUGAACAGCAUAUCUCGUACACAUUUACCUUUGCGUUCUCAGUUAACAAUACAGACACUCCUCACUUAACGACCGAGUUCCAUUCCUACGACUUGGUCAUUAAGCGAAUCGGUCAGUAAACGAGGAACUGCCCCUUACCGAUAUCUCAAGCGUACUGUAUGGGUAGUGGGUUUGUGUCAACCAUCUUUAGAUAUUGUUUUAAUGACGCCUUUGCACCAUUUAUAACAUUUUUAGCAUAUUUGUAAAUGUUUACAGGUAGUGGGAGAUCGUUUUUAUUUAUUUCCGCUGGCAUCCUGUGUUAUGGGGUGUACAAUAAAGUACAAACUUAUAGACAAGAAGUGUAGUCCUGGAGAUUGCGAAUGCUAGUGUAGUGAAUACGGAGUGACUCCGGGAACGAGAGUGUGACUGAGAAAGGGUGACGCGAGAUGAGAUGCCUGGCACUGAGACGCUGCGCUGCCGUUUCCACGACCAAAGUUCUCGUACAGCGUAUAAUACCGACUGGCCGGAGAGUGGGUCAUAAGUCCGGGCGGUAGUUAAACAGGUAGGUCAUUAAAUGAGGGGUGUCUGUAAUGUACUGUAUAGUUUACAUUUAAUGUGUUGGGAAUGGAGAUUUAUCUCAUAAAGGUAGAUUUAAAAAGACCAAAAGACACUUUUAGCUUGAGUAUUUAUAUUUCUAAAGCGUAUUUAUAUACCGGUACUAUUUAUUAGUGUGAAAGUGUGCUGUUAGCAUAUUUUUAGUUCUCGGGUUGCUAGGCAACCGUCUCUAAGAGUCAUUGUCUUUUUGUCAUUAUGGUUGUCUGUUUAAGUAGGGAGCAAUUGGUAGCUGUAGUCUCCUUAUAAGGUCAUCCAGCCUCUAUUUUAGACUCGCUACAGUCAUUCUUAAUGAUAUAACGUGUGUCCUACUGAAGACAAAAAGCUGCCUUAAUUGGUAUCUCCACCUGCCUUUAAAUAGGGUGGGGGGAAUUAUACGUGACCUAGGAGAGAUUCUGUCCUGGUAGUCGGGCACAGGGGGGUCACACUGAACUCUGUUUUCCUAUGUGAGCCUGCCCCAGCAUUUCCUCCCCACCUAGCGAGUUAUGAGUUAUACAUGGCCUGAGAGCUGACUUGGGAUCUGGCAUGCAUCAGAAUGCAGCUCUCUUACAAUUAGUUUGUGCCAUUGCGUGGAACAUACUUCCCUAUGGAUCUGAUCCUAAUGUAAUGUCCUAUCUGGCAAAAGUCCCACUUCCCUAAUCCAAUCAGCCAGAGUAUAGCUUCUCAGUGGCUCUGGGCUGAUGACCGACAACUGCUGGAGGAAGAGGGUUGGGGUCGGGCCCUUAGCCCCUUCCGGGGUGUGCUACGCACCGAGACAUAAACACGCUUUGGUACUGACACAGCUACCUUACUCCUUUCCUUAAGUGUGUCAUAGAGGACAGGUGUUCAUCAAAACCACAAUGUAGAGCCAUGAAGUGGAUAUGAACAGCAUAUCUUGUACACAUUUACCUUUGUGUUCUCAGUUAACAAUACAGACACUCUUCACUAGUCUGAGGGCCCAGAUGCAACUACUAAGUUCAGUUUCAGAAAGUACAAAUCCAGACCAAGAUUUUGUUUCAACCAACCAUUUGAAUAUAAAGAGUCACAUUCACAGAGUAUUUAGCUGGAACAAAAUCUUGGUCCGGAUUUGUACUUUCUGAACCUGAAAUUUCCACCUCUGGACUGCUGGAGGAAGAGGGUUGGGUUCCACCUCUGGAAAUUUCACAAUAUAACUGAUACAGUAUAAAUAGCUGUUUAAAUGUGUUAAAUUGUGCAACCAUUACAUUUAUAAGUCAUCCACAGACUGAGAUUCAUCUUGGGUAAAUGUCUUUUAUGCAAGCAUCAAUGAGUACCAUUAGGGUUGUGCGAAAAAAAACAUCAAAGGUGGCUAUUUGGCUGAACAGAAUCGAUAUUGUGAAUGUAGUUCAUUUUCUGGAGUUAAUGGCUCUGUGAUUCUUAAAGCGCAAGCAGCACAUCCUGCGUUUAUGGUCAGUGUUGGAAGGGAGGGCACCAUCGUAAAAACCACAACCAGAUGUGAAAUACUGAAAUACUGUGUCUCUGUUUAAACGUGAUCCAGUAGCCUAUAGCCCUAUGAUGGACAGCCACGGUGUCGAUGUGAUAGAUGUUUAUCUUUCUCGGACAUUAGGAUUUUUUUGAAUAAUAGUAAUUCUUGUGUCCAGAUACCAGUGCCAGCUGGUGAGAUUCUGGACAGAACUUUUUCAUUUUUGGCAAAGAAUGGGACCUAUGACAUUCCACACACAAAGCAGGCACUCUUUUUGGUGUCUAGUCACAUCUUUUACGUGCAGUUAUUUGGCUGCCGUCAGAUUAUGUUGGAACAAACAAACGAAAAAAAAAUUGAUGUGCAUUACCAGUGUCAGAGCGUUUGAAAUCCCACAUCUGCAAAAUAACUGCUUCGAGGUUUAUAAUUUGCUUGUUAUGCAUGCCUGCUUCAUUGAAGUAUAGAGGUUUUGCAUAUGUCGCUAAAAUGGAAUGCUAGCAAAAACAGGCAGAACACAGUCUCCGUACGGUCACUUCACAUUUAUAUCAUUAUGCUUCAGUGUCUCUCUAGUGUUGAUACAUCCUGCUUUUGUUUUUCCUGUACCUGUUCUGUCUUAAUUUCAACCAUCUGAUAUCAGCAUUUGUUUGAUUUAAGUAUACUUGAUAUUUUGGUUAUAAAAUCAAAGUUUGUAGCCCUGUUUUUAAAAGACUCACUAAGUGCUUUUAAAAAGUUUGUUUUGUUAUACUCUUCUUCUGUUUUUGAUUUAUGUGUGUAGCUUUACUGAACAUUUAUAAGCUUUGUUUGAUGUCACAAUAAGUCACAAUAAGGUGUUUUCAGUGUGUUAGAGUCAGAGUCAAUAUAAAUGUAUGAGAGUAUGUCAGAUUGCAUGCUUCCCAAGUCAUUGGAACCUUAAAUGUGAUGUAAAAUUAUAUUUUCAAAGGAGGAAAAGGACCUUUUGUUUACAAAGUAACCAUUUGUCUUUAUUUUGUCUAUUUAUAAGUUCAUUAAAACCCCGAAAGACA